AUGGAGAUUCACGAAAGUGUCAUUGUUGGAUGUCGGAUAAAAAGUCUGUUGUGGCAGAGUGGAAACUACGCCUGUAUCACGAUAGAUGAAGCUCAUGAGCGAACGACAAAUACCGACAUGUUGCUUGCUCUUCUCAAGAAGCUCAUUCAUCGGCGCAAAGACCCCAAACCCGUCAUCAUGUCAGCCACAAUCAACCUCGAGAACGGCCUCCAAACUAAGUAUGUCGAGGAGCCACCAACUUGUUACGACUCCGCCGCUGUGAUGUUGGUCAAACAGUUCGUUGCCAACAAGCGCAAAGGGAAUGUCCUUGUGUUCUUGACGUCGGUGCGGGAUAUCGAGAAGACCUGUGCCAUGUUUCGACGAGAAGUGCGAGGCUUGAAGGUACUCCCAAUGUACUCUUCACUCCCCAAGCAUGCGCAAGAUUUGGCCACUGGUGGUUCCACAAGUCAGGUCACCAUCGUGGUUGAUGAAUGCGCAAGCGGCCUGCUUGUGGCUUGUACCCAACCGCGAGUAGUCGCAGCAACCGGUGUCGCAACUGGUGUCGCAACCCUUGUUGCUCAAAAGAUGGACGUGCCUUCGGGCAGCAUUGUCGGAUACAAAGUCAGAUUCGACAAGCAAAGCUCAGGCGCUACGCGUCUCGAACUCCUUACGAAUGGCCUCUUACUCCAGCAAUAUGCUGGCCAUUCCACUGUCGAAACACGCCUGUAUCAUGAUCAAUGGAGGCCACGAGAGAACGACAAUACCGACAUUCUGCUUGCCCUUCCCAAGAAGCCUGAUUUUGGCAAGCAUGUGGAGGCGAGAUUCAACUGCCGGGUAGGCAUGGGUAUGCUGGCUACUGCUCUUAUAUCAAAAGCCUCUGCGCGACAGCGAGCAGGAUGCGCUGGGCGAACCCAGCCCGGCGAAUGCAUUCGCCUGUACACCAAAGAGUUCCACGAUCUCGGAAUGACCAGCAACUCCCCCGCUGGCAUUCACAUGAGCGAUGUAUCAGGUCAAGUCUUGCUUCUCAAAUCGUUGGGAUCUCAAAAUGUCCCUCAAUUCGAUUGGAACGAUUCGCCUCACUUUGAGGCAUAUUUGCGGGCAAUUGGAGAGCUCAAGGACAUGUGA